AUGGCAGAAUUUUGGAAAAAGAGGUUAGAGCUGCUGACAAUAAAUUAGUUCUAUAAAAUUCAAAAAUAAAUGCAGUCUCUUAUUUUAUAGCUCGGAAAACUCAAUACCAUCAGUAAUCGUUAUAGCUCUUGAUUAUUUUUUUAUAAGUUGUAACUUAGAACCAUUGCUGAUUACCCACGGUUUAGUGCAACUUUGCAGCUAUGGCUGAAGAACGACGGCAGAAGCAGUGUUCGGUGGUCCUGCCAACGGAGUCUAUGAAGGCCAUGGCCGAGUCCAUAGGGGUGGGACAACUACAGGAGGAGAGCUGUGUCGCUCUGAGCGAGGAGGUCAGCUACAGGAUAAAGGAGAUUGCACAGGAUGCCCUGAAGUUCAUGCACCAUGGCAAAAGACGCAAGCUGACCACCAGCGACAUUGAUCACGCGCUCAAACUAAAAAAUGUGGAGCCCCUGUAUGGGUUCCAGUCACAGGAGUUCAUACCCUUCCGCUUUGCCAGUGGCGGUGGGAGAGAGCUUCAUUUCUAUGAAGAAAAGGAAGUGGAUCUCACUGACAUCAUCAACACACCCCUCCCCAGAGUCCCACUCGACGUCUCACUCAAAGCUCACUGGUUAAGUAUUGAGGGUGUACAGCCUUCCAUACCAGAGAAUCCUCCCCCUGCUCCCAAGGAGCAGCAGAAGGCAGAGUCCACGGAGCCUCUGAAAGCCGUCAAACCUGGUCAGGAAGAAGAGGGGGCCCCUCAGGCUAAAGGGCAGGGGGCCACGUCAGCAGAGAGCAAAGGCAAGGACAAGGGCCUGGUGAGGAUGAAGCCCCGCAGCACCCACGAGCUGUCAGUGGAGCAGCAGCUGUACUACAAGGAGAUCACAGAGGCCUGUGUUGGCUCCUGCGAGGCCAAGAGAGCUGAGGCGCUCCAAAGCAUCGCCACGGACCCUGGCCUGUACCAGAUGCUCCCCAGGUUCAGCACCUUCAUCUCUGAGGGGGUGCGUGUGAAUGUGGUGCAGAAUAACCUGGCCUUGCUCAUCUACCUGAUGAGGAUGGUCAAAGCUCUGAUGGACAACCCCACCCUCUACCUAGAGAAAUACCUGCAUGAGCUCAUCCCGGCUGUGGUGACGUGCAUCGUGAGCAAGCAGCUGUGUCUGAGGCCCGACGUGGACAACCACUGGGCCCUGAGAGAUUUCGCCGCCCGCUUAAUGGCUCAGAGCUGCAAAACUUUCAGCACCACCACCAACAACAUCCAGUCUCGCAUCACCAAGACCUUCACCAAGAGCUGGCUGGAUGAGAAGACCCAGUGGACCACUCGCUACGGCUGCAUCGCCGGCCUGUCUGAGUUGGGGCCUGAUGUGAUCAAGACCCUGAUCCUGCCCAGGCUCUCUGUGGAGGGCGUCCGCAUCAAAGCUGUGUCAGAGGGACCCGUCAUCUCCAACAUCGAUAAGAUUGGUGCUGACCACGUUCAGAGCCUCCUCCUGAAACACUGUGCCAGUGUUAUAGCUAAGACCCGGCCCCUGCCAGACAACAUGGAUCAGUACCGGGCCGACUACGGCUACCUGGGCCCCAUGCUGUGCUCCCACGUGGUGAAGGCGCGAGCCCAGGCUGCCCUGCAAGCCCAGCAGGUCAACAGAACCACGCUGACCAUCACACAGCCUCGGCCAACGCUCACAGUGACCCAGAGUGGGCUGGGGGGGUCUGGGGUGUCUCGUACCCCCAGCAUUAUCAAGGUCCCCAGCUCCCUCACCCUGAUGUCCACCCGCCCCGGCACGCCCACACAGCCCUCCCCCCCGGCAACCAAGUACAUCGUCAUGGCGACCAGCGCCGGCGCCGCAUCCACCCAGCAGGUUAUCACCCUGAGCACCUCCCAGUCUGCCUCCCCCAUCACCAGCACUGUGCCCAGCGGAACCGCCACCAUGCAGCCCCUUGUCAAGCUAGAAUCUCAGGGCCCCGGGGGCCUUGGGGGGUCCAGACCCCUGCAGAAGUACAUUGUGGUAUCUCUCCCCACCUCCGCCUCCUCCUCCCUGGAGAGCAAGAGCUCCAUGCUCCCCCCCUCCACCUCCCCCAUCUCAGUGGAGGCCGGGAUGAAGAUGGACCGCUCGGAAUCGCCUGGAGCCAGCACACAGUCCCCACACUGAGACAGGCCUCUUGACAGGUUGCUGAGGGUGAUGACAGAGACCCUUACCCCUCUUCAGUGGGCUGAGAUUGGGAGGAGAAGUGGAACCUUGGGGGUGAAAUGGAUACGUUAUAUGAUGGAUAAAGAGCUGAGGUGAAGGACUGAUGCAAAUGCCAUCCCACUCCUAGCGUAUUGUAUAUAUUCAUGCCCGUUAGAAACUGUAUGGGCAUUUAUUAUUGUCGACCAACAUAAUUGAUUUCAUGUUUCCUUUUUCACAUUCUAUAAUAAACAUGAUUUUGUAUUGAUUUGUUUGGCGAGCGCACUUUCGUAUUGAUUUGUUUGGUGAGCCCACUUUCCUAAAUGCUUCAAUAUCCACGAGGGGAUUGACGGGAAAAAGGCCUAAAGUUAGUGACACGUUCCCCUCACUUUUCGGUUAUUUUAGCAGGUGUAUUCAUAUCAUUAAACACUGACACUUAUGUAAAUGAAACUGAAUGCAAAGUUGGAGAGACUGAAUGCAAAGUUGGAGAGACUGUUCCCUCCCUCGUUGUUUUUCUUUCUCCCUAAGAGAGGAAGAGGAAGUUCGCAGUAUUUCUUCGACUACUUCAAAUACAGAAACCUUUCCUCAAGCGAAGGGAAUUUGAACUUUCGUUUCGUUCGUUUUGUCAGUCGCCCCUAGUCGCAUGAAUUCACGUCUUAAGCAAACUUGGACGUCGCUACAAACACAUCCACACCAGCAGACAGUGACACACCCCAGCAGGCCAGUGAGAAUCACUCAAGAUGGAGGAUAGAACUCUGCUGCAGAACAUGCGCCAAACUCCCACUCUAAGCACACCCGCACUUGUUGUAUCCAAACUCGUCAUGACAAUCCUGCCAAUCGCCCAGAUUGCAAUAGGUGGGAUUUAUCUGAACAACUGCCCCCAGGAGCGUUACAUCCCCAUCUACCUGCUGGUCUCAGGGGCCUUCGCAUCGGCCCUGGCUGUGCUGUCCUGUCUGCCCUGCAGUAAGGAGUCUGAGGAGGGGGGCCAGAGCCCGCUCAGCAGCUUCUGUGCUGCCUGGAACUCCCUCGUCUCUCUCUUCCUGUUCUGCUGGUUUAUCGCAGGCAACGUGUGGAUCUACUCCAUAUACCCUGCCAACUAUGACGCAACAAAGCCUCCUUACUGCGACAAGACGCUCUACAUGUUUGCUUUCUGGACCACCACGCUGGUGUACAUCUUCAUAGGGGCGCUGUUCGUGGGGGGCUGUUGCGUGCUUAUCGUCAUGUGUCUGUGCGGGAGGGACGGACCUUCUACUGAUGACGUCUGACCCUCUGCUCUAGCACGACGUCUGACCCUCUGCUCUAGCACGACGUCUGACCCUCUGCUCUAGCACGCGUGUUAAGAGUUCAGACGCCGCUCCAAAUCCUGAAAUUACAGAGGACUGAGAGAUGGAAUCAUUGUGGAGGAAAAAUAUAAUAUAUAUGUUACUGCUGGAUUCAUAUGUUCUGUAUAACCAAAAUAUGAAUCGUUUUUUUCAUUCCUAAUACGUGUUCCCUGACUGCUGUAUGUAAAGAAAUGCUGCUUAAAUGCAGGAUGUGGUGGGAGUAAGUACUGAUACGGAAGCUGACAUACAGAACAGUAGUGUGCUUUAAUCACUGUUAAACAUCAAUUUACUGUACAUAACUUCAAUCAUGGAAUGUCAUUUUACAAAUGUAAAAUGACAUUCCAGAAUAGCAAGUUUCAGAAUAGCAAGUUAUUGGUCUGUGUAUUGCUUAAUAGUAUAUAAUUUGAGCUGAUAUAAAACAAAAUAACUAAGUAGAUGACUUGCCUAUCUAUCUGAGGAUGUGCUGAGUGUUAUCUUGUGGUGAAACAAGAUUAUGAAAACGGCAGACAAGUAAAUUACAUUUCGUGUGA